AUGGAAGGAAAACCAGCAAAAAUGCCAAAAGUGGCGAAGGUUAAAAACAAAGCGCCAGCUGAAAUUCAAAUUACAGCUGAGCAGUUAUUAAGAGAAGCAAAAGAAAGAGACUUGGAAAUUUUACCGCCGCCGCCAAAACAAAAGAUCUCUGAUCCAGAAGAACUUAGGGACUAUCAGCAUCGUAAACGAAAAGCUUUUGAAGAUAAUAUUCGUAAAAAUAGAAUGGUUGUAGGAAAUUGGUUAAAAUAUGCACAAUGGGAAGAGUCACAAAAGCAGGUACAGAGGGCUCGCUCAAUUUAUGAAAGAGCCUUAGAUGUUGAUCAUAGGAAUGUUACCCUUUGGUUGAAAUAUGCUGAAAUGGAGAUGAGAAACAGACAAGUUAAUCAUGCUAGAAAUUUAUGGGAUAGAGCGGUCACUAUCUUACCUAGAGUUUCACAGUUCUGGUAUAAAUAUACCUAUAUGGAAGAAAUGCUAGAGAAUGUUGCAGGUGCCAGACAAGUGUUUGAAAGAUGGAUAGAAUGGCAACCAGAUGAACAAGCUUGGCAAACCUACAUUAAUUUUGAAUUAAGAUAUAAAGAAUUAGAUAGAGCGCGUCAAAUUUACGAAAGUGCUCGAAAAGUUUUUGAAAGGGCUGUAGAGUUUUUUGGAGAUGAGGAAUUGGAUGAACGGCUGUUCAUAGCUUUUGCAAAAUUUGAAGAGAACCAAAAAGAACAUGAUAGGGCCAGAGUAAUAUACAAAUAUGCCUUAGACCAUAUUCCAAAAGAUAGAAACAAAGAACUUUAUAAAGCUUAUACAAUCCAUGAAAAAAAAUAUGGAGACAGAUCCGGUAUUGAAGAUGUAAUUGUGAACAAAAGAAAGUAUAUGUAUGAACAAGAAGUUAUUGAGAACCCAACUAAUUAUGAUGCUUGGUUUGACUACAUUAGACUUGUUGAAAAUGAGGGAAAUUUAGAUGUAAUAAGAGAUACAUAUGAAAGGGCAAUUGCCAAUGUCCCCCCAACAACAGACAAACAAUUCUGGAGAAGGUAUAUUUACUUAUGGAUUAACUAUGCCUUAUAUGAAGAGCUGGAAGCUGAAGAUGUCGAUAGAGCAAGGCAGGUGUACAAAACAUGUCUUGAACUCAUUCCACAUAAAGUAUUUACAUUCUCCAAAAUUUGGCUGAUGUAUGCUCAACUAGAAGUUAGGUGUAAGGAUUUAAAGCAAGCCAGAAAAACUUUAGGUAUGGCAUUGGGAAUCUGUCCAAGAGAUAAACUAUACAGAGGUUACAUUGAUUUAGAGAUUCAGCUUAGAGAAUUUGAUAGAUGCAGAAUACUUUAUCAAAAGUUUUUGGAAUAUGGCCCUGAAAACUGUAUAACAUGGAUAAAGUUUGCUGAACUGGAAACAUUACUAGGUGAUACUGACAGAGCAAGAGCAAUCUAUGAAAUUGCGGUUGGACAGCCUAGAUUAGAUAUGCCAGAAUUAUUGUGGAAGAGUUAUAUUGACUUUGAAGUUUCUCAAGGAGAAACAGAAAGGGCUAGACAACUGUAUGAAAGACUCCUAGAAAGGACAGUGCAUGUAAAAGUUUGGUUGUCCUACGCAAAGUUUGAACUGAAUGCAGAAAAUCCAGAUAACAUUAAUGUUGAGUUAGCACGUCGUGUAUACGAACGAGCAAAUGAUAGCUUAAGGAGUGCGGGUGAAAAAGAAGCUAGAGUCCUUUUACUGGAGGCCUGGAAAGAGUUUGAAGUGGAGAUUGGUGAUGAAAUAAAACUCGAGAAGGUUAUGGCUAAAAUGCCGCGUAGAGUUAAAAAGAGACAGAAAAUCGUUAGCGAGAGUGGAGUGGAAGAAGGAUGGGAAGAAAUAUUUGACUACAUUUUCCCAGAGGAUGAGAUGGUAAGACCUAACCUCAAAUUGUUAGCAGCUGCUAAGAUGUGGCGGAAGCAGAAAGAGGUUCCAGAAUCAGAUACUGAUAAGGAUCAAGAUACAGAUAAAAAUCAAGUUUCAGAUACUCAAGAAGACACAAGGUAG